CCGACGAGUGUGAUUCGUUCUCCGAAUGAAGCCCAUCAAGACGACAAGCGGUUCCUACGCACGCCCGAGGCAGAGGGCGAAGGAGAAGAGAGAGGGCUGGACUGGCUCAGAUCCAGCGCUGCCAAAGCGCUGAAGACCCAAAAAGCAAAUUGGAUCAAGAGCGCGCAGAUUUACGAGGAUCUUAUCAUGCAAAGGAGGACCACGUGGGACGUGUACACGGCUUGGAGGGAGCUGAACGCUUCGCCGGAAAAGAUUGAAAGAGCGAUGGCGAAGGUUGGCUACGGAAGCGAUGACUUCAAGUACAUCGUGAACGGCUACAGGGAUCACCUGGAAUACAUGAAAAAUGUCCAGCUGCACUAG